CAACUAUUUUGUUUUAAAGCGGCUUUACAUAAUCCGUAAAUUUUUAAAACCAAAGUCAGCAUUGAUCGCAAAUUCUUGACAAAAUGAGUACAUUUUCCAGCGAAUAUAUGAAAAAUAAAGACAUAGGUUUACAACCGUGGCCCGAUGCGGCCGUCCUCUAUCAGCCCUAUGAAGAAGAACAGAUACUGUUGGCCGAAAAUGCCAGCUGUCUGGCGGUGCGUACCUACCUGAUCAUGUUGAAUCUUCCGUUCAAGGUGGAGCAGCGGGCCAAUGCCGAGUUUAUGUCGCCCGGUGGCAAACGGACCAAACUUCCGGUUCUGCAGGUCGAAAAUUUCAUCAUUGCCGAGUUUGAACAGAUACUUCACUUCGUCGAGCAGAAGGGCUAUUCCCUGAGCAAAAAUAUCGCCGAGAACACCAAGAAAGAAAUACGAUCCUAUUUUUGCCUGGUGGAAAAUAUCCUUACCAAUGCCGAGCAAUACAUCAGCUGGGUGGAUACCGAGGUUCGAAAGAAAGUUACUUUCGUACGAAAUGGUUGUGUGUAUCCAUUUCCGCUAAAUCAUAUUCAAAAUUUCCGUAAACUUAUGUCGGCCCGGCGACAGCUAGGCGUUUACGAAUAUUUGAAUCUGUCUUUGGAGAAAGUCAUCGAUCAGGUGGAAGUUCUUUGCAAAUCACUCAGCAAUCUGUUGGGCGAUCAAAAGUACUUUUACGGUGCCAAGCCUACAGAACUGGAUGCCUUGGUGUUCGGUCAUUUGUUUAGCAUUUUCACCAUGACUCUGCCGAAUGAUGUUCUAGCUGUGACGAUCAAUAAGUACGAGAAUUUGAUUCGGUUCUGCAAAAACAUUGAUGCUGAGUACUUCAAUAAAGCACGGAAACGGCCUACUGUAACCUUCAAAACUACUUAACUAGAAUACUUGAAUUGUGCUGGAUAGUACCGAUAAUUCAUCUAUUUCCAAGUAGUUCUAUAAUCCAACUGACAUUCAAUCACUCUCUCGUAUUCUGAUUGCUAUGAUCGAUACCACACGGCCGACAUAAAUUUAUCCCACGAACCAGCUAGUUGAGGUAAUUGAUCUUUUUUGAAAUGCUUUUAGUGGAAUAAAUUAAUCAGUUAUGCAGUACUUGAAUAUCA